AUGGAACGGCUAUCGGUUGACUACGGUAAGAAAAGUAAACUGGAGUUCUGCAUCUAUCCAGCUCCGCAGGUGUCUACAUCAAUGGUUGAGCCGUACAAUUCUAUUCUGACAACACAUACCACUCUUGAACAUUCGGACUGCUCAUUUAUGGUGGACAACGAAGCUAUCUAUGACAUUUGCAGACGGAACUUGGAUCUCGCUCGUCCUACUUACACGAAUUUGAAUCGACUCAUCGCUCAGGUAAUCAGUUCCGUCACUGCUUCGUUACGUUUUGAUGGAGCUUUGAAUGUCGAUUUGACUGAAUUCCAAACCAAUCUCGUACCGUAUCCACGCAUACACUUCCCUCUGACCACUUACGCACCAAUCAUCUCCGCGGAAAAGGCAUUUCAUGAACAAAUGACGGUCGGCGAUAUCACGCAACAGUGUUUCGAGCCUGGAGCUCAGAUGGUGAAAUGCGAUCCACGACGAGGAAAAUAUAUGGUUGGCAUUAACUACCAGCCACCCACGGUGGUACCAGGCGCCGACCUCGCCAAGCUACAUCGAGCGGUCUGCAUGCUAUCUAACACACACCCGCCAUUGCUGAGUGCUUUGGGCAAGACUCCGAUCACAGAGUUCGAUGUUGAUGUAUGCGCAAGAGGAGCUUUGUAUGUCGGAGAAGGAAUGGAAGAGGGAGAAUUUAGUGAGGCACGAGAAGAUUUGGCAGCUCUCGAAAAAGACUAUGAAGAGGUACAGGAAUUACACCUCUAA